AGAACGCCUCAGCCGCUGCUAGGCAUCCCUCGAGUCCAAGCAGGCUCAAGGAUUAAUUUCCCCCACGAACGAAGACGCGACAACUUCAAUUAAAUUUCGCCCAUUCUUGGCUUUUCUGUCUAUCCUUCAUCGCGAACUGACGCUCGCCUAUUCGUUCUCGGUUAAUAACUUCAUUCAUCGCUCCUUUCACCCCGUUCGACUCGAGAUAGUGCAAUGACCGACAAGCUCCCCCCUAACCUGCUCGCGCUCUUCGCGGCGCGACCACCUCUGCGAUUCCUCGACCCGCCCGAUUAUGCGCCUCAGCAUCGCAGGACAGCACCCAUCACCGGUGUCGCACAGUUUCUACCGGAGCUCCAGAAGUACAAGGAGACUGAUGUUUACAACCCCACUGAGAGUUGGUUGCAAGCCCGCGAUCGCAAGAAGCGAGAGAAGAAGGAGAAGUUGGAGACGCUCCUCAGAGAAGCGCCCGAUCAUCAUAAGCCAAACGAGGACCCCAACGUUCGUGGCGAUGCGUUCAAGACUUUGAUGGUCGCGCGUCUCAGUUACGAGGCUGAUGAGAGGGAUCUCGAGAAGGAAUUUGGUCGCUACGGUCCCAUCGAGCGUAUUCGUAUCGUCGUCGAUACUCACGCUCAUGAGAAGCCAAACAAGAAGAAGAAGCCCCAUCGAGGCUAUGCUUUCGUCGUAUUCGAACGAGAGAAAGAUAUGCGAGCGGCUUUGGAUGCUUGUGACGGCAUGCGCAUCAAGGAUCGACGUAUCAAGGUAGACGUCGAACGCGGCAGAACUGUCAAGGGCUGGAAACCUCGCCGACUUGGUGGUGGCCUUGGAGGACGAGGCUAUACUAGAGCUAUGGCUGCUCGUCCCAUGGGUCCCGGUGGCUUUAGCGGCGGCGGCGGUUUCCGUGGUGGUUUUAAAGGUUUCGACGGAGGACGCGGCCGUGGCGGUUUUAGAGGAGGAUUCGGCGGCCGUGGAGGAGGUUUCCGAAGCGGCGACCGAGGAGGCGACAGGGGAGGCGACCGAGGCGGCUACGGCGCACCUAGUGAUGCCCCGUCCGGCCCCGGAUUCGACCGCAGAAACGGCGGCGGCGGCUAUGGUGACAGGGACCGUGGCGACCGAAGGGGUGGUGACCGAGGCCCCGGUGGGUAUGAUUCUCGUAGCGGCGGUCGCUCAUUUGACGACAGACACGGCGGCGGCCAUCGUGACGGUGGCCGAUACGGCGGAGAACGCGAGAACCGACGCACCGGAAGCAACAUGGAACCCAUUGGAGGCCGACGCGAAGGUGGGUAUCGCGAACGGGACCGAGACUACGACAGACCCCGUGAUGACGAUGGUGGCCGAAAGCGUGGCUAUGACGGCGGCUAUGAGGAUCCUCGAAAGCUUCGCCGUUAUUAAUGAGGUGAUACUCCAUGACCUUGUGUGGUGGGUUGCCGAUCUUCUUCUAGUCAUUAAUUCAGACCCCUUUUCCACCAAAGGGUAAGCACACCAUUAUCGCCCAACCACGAAUCUCGAGGAUUCCGGAUUAUACUAUACGCUUCUGCCCGAUAACGUUCGUGGGAUUUUACUUUUCGCUGUCAUCAUCUAACCAGACGACAUGACAGUCAACUGAGUUUGAGGUAACCUUUCUAUGUAUUCUAUUUGCUUUUCUGGGAGUCGGGGUAAAAUCUGGAGGAUAGUUCGAUGGUGAAUUGGCCAUUUUAUGUUGCAUAAGGGUAAGACUCGGUGACCUACUCCGUACUGACCCUUGAGAUGUUGCCUAGGCUGGCUAAGAAGGCCGACUCUGAUGUAUCACUUAGGAGUUUUCAUGUUCAAUAACAGUUAAGAAAAGAACCGAA